CAUAAAGCUGCCUUUCUAGGUCGUGAUACAGUAGAAUAUAGCUAGAAUAUAGAUUUACAAUUGAGGAACAUAUGAUCUUAAUAUUCGAGGCCAUAAAACCUCUUUCAAUAUCGUCCCGACGAUAAGCUGAAGGGAAAGUCGGGCUCCUAGUACUUGGGCGCUGAGCUUCAUCAUCACAAUACAACAAAUACCUACCUGCGAGAUACUCCUGUGUGUGCCUAAGAUGAAGGCAAAUACCCUUCUGCAGUUUCUAACCACUGCUGCCGCUGCACUCGCAGUUAAGAAGAAUCUAAUCAUUGACACCGACCUCUUCAGUGACGUCGACGACGUAGGAGCCCUGCUUCUCGCAGCCACAUCGCCGUGCGUAAAUCUCCUCGCCGUCAACAUCAACUACCCUUCCACUUUCUCAGCCCUUGCUGCAUCGGCUAUCCUGGCGCACUAUGGCCACCCCGAUAUCCCAAUUGGAAUUCGACGUCCGUUGACCAACGCCACGUUCUUCGACGCGUGGUCCUAUGAGGUUGGUGAAUACGCCAGCAAGAUCGCAUUUCACUGGUCUGGCGGGAGUCUACCGUGGGGCCAUGCGGAAGAGGCAUGGGAUCCCGUUGCGCUGUAUAGAAAGGUACUUGCCGAGGCCGAGGAUGGCACGGUGACGAUUGCGUCGAUUGGGUUCUUCGAUAAUCUAUCAGGAUUGUUAAACUCGACGGCUGAUGACUACUCCGAUCUUGAUGGCCGUGAACUCGUCGCGCGCAAGGUCUCCGAGCUCGUGAUCAUGGGCGGUGGCUAUCCCUCGGGACACGAAUUCAACUUCUGGGGCUCUAAUGCCAGUCUGACGGCACAUGUAGUUCACACAUGGGAGGGCCGAAUGGUUUUCCUGGGCGAAGAAGUUGGUAAGCCUGUCAAAUCCGGCGGACGGCUGAUGUCUGAAGGACCCAGCACGGAUCCGGCGCGAAUGGCGUAUAUCUACUACACGUACUAUUCGUCGCGGCAAUCAUGGGAUCCUCUGACGCUUCUGUACGCCAUGAAUGGGUUGGGGAGUCUGUUCCAGUUUGGAAACGAAUAUGGGUAUAAUCACGUAGAAGCUGAUGGGACGAAUCGAUGGGUAUGGGACGAAAAAGUGCGGAAUCGGUUUUUCUUGAAGCUGGCGGUUGAUGAAGAAACGGCUGCUGCAGAGCUAGAUCGACUGUUUCUUGAAGGUGCCUUCUCAGUCACGACACAGACUAUUAACGAAGCAGUAACCACGCUCUUUUCCUAUUGUUAAAUUCACUCUCGUCAUACCAAGCCAUAAUGAUCUGAAAAUCACGGCUUGAACCCAGUGCAGUCUUAAGCUCUUUGUCUGAAUUAUAACAGACAAGGAUAUGCAUAUAUCUACCUGUAGGAUCUCGGAUGGGUCCUCUGCAAGCAUUGAAUUUGACCCAUCAAUUGGUGGAAUAUAAGCGGCAAACGGCACUUGAUCUUAAGUGCUGCUUGGCUUAUUUUGAUCAACGUCGAGAGUUCUUCAAGUUUUGGUGACUAUUAUGUAGGCCAAGUAACAGCUAGGUACGCUAGUACUAAAGGAUUCAAGCUCAGGGUCCUUCGUUGCAGAUUCAGCUACUGCUCUAUUUUUAUAGUAGCCUCGAACUCAUACCGAACGAUCUCCGCGCUUUCAUAGAGUAGAAUUCAUCAUGGUAGAGCCUGUAGAUAGCAUGGUAAAACGCGUUUGAGGACCAUUUAUUCGUAGAGAUGGAGGUAUAUAGAAACCGACACAAAGAUUACUUGUCUAGAUUCAAUU